ACAUAAAACCAGAGAGAGAGAGAGAGAGAGAGAGAGAGAGAGAGAGAGAGAGAGAGAGAGAGAGAGAGAGAGAGAGGGUUUAGGAUGGCAAAAUCGGUGGCAUUUACAAUGAACGGUGGAGACAGCCUCUACAGUUACAGCAAAAACUCAACUUUUCAGAGAAAAGCCAUAGAUGCUGCUAAGGAACUGAUCAACGAAGCAGUUUUCGAACGUCUUGACACCGAAAGCUUCUCGUCUUCCGCAUUUCGAGUUACGGAUUUAGGCUGCUCUGUCGGGCCUAACACUUUCUUGGCGGUGCAAAAUAUAGUUGAUGCUCUGGAGCAAAAGUACCAAAGCCAAGGACACAAUUCUCAGCUCCUUGAGUUGCAAGUUUUCUUCAACGAUCACGCCUCCAACGAUUUCAACGAGCUCUUCCGAUCUCUGCCUGCAGACAGGCGAUACUACGCCACAGGCGUGCCGGGUUCUUUUCAUUCUCGCUUGUUCCCCAGGGACUUUCUUCACUUUGUUUACUCUUCGUAUGCUCUCCAGUGUCUUUCUAAAGUGCCAGAAGCAGUGGCGGACAUCAACUCGCCUGCUUGGAACAAGGGGAGGAUUUAUUACUCGAAUUCGGAAGACCAAGUCGUUAAGGCCUAUGAAGCUCAGUAUGCCAAGGACAUGGGGUGCUUGCUAAAUGCCAGAGCACAAGAGAUUGUGUGUGGAGGGUUGAUGGCAUUUGUCGUCCCAGGCCGCCCCAAUGGAGUCCCUCAUACACAAGUUUUGGGCAACAAGGUGGUAGAACUCAUCGGAUCCUGCCUCAUGGACAUGGCCAACAAGGGUGUCAUCUCUGAAGAGAAACUGGACUCCUUCAAUAUACCGCUGUAUAUGGCUUCGCUCGAUGAAGUGGAAGCGAUUGUGAAAGCUAAUGGAUGUUUCAGCAUAGAAAGAAUGGAAAACUUGACUCAGGAACAACCACAGGCCAACGUAAUUGCAUCUACUUUGAGAUCCGGAAUGGAGGGAAUGUUUCGGGAGCAUUUUGGAGACGAGAUUCUGGAUGAGUUUUUUGAUUCGCUUCGCAAGAAACUCGAAGAAUCCUCCUCCGUCCUCAAACCGCUGACAUCAAUUAGCUUGUUUGUUUUGCUCAAACGCACAGGAAACUGAUUGCAACAGAGCAGCUUUCUCUACUUGAUCAGUGGAACUUGUGAUUUGAAGAUUUGAAGCUUCUCAGUAGCUUGACAAUGUAAAAUAUUAAGUACCACAUGUGUUUUAAUCCCUGUGUGAAAUAUGAAUAAUGUUUCCCCUGUUUCGUUGCUUCUUUGAAGUGCUUUUAUUUUAAAUAAGUUGAAAUCCUAUGAUGCUUCUUGAAAAAAAAAGCGUUUUGUA